AUGACGUCCCAACCCAAUGGAGUCAAUGGCCAUACUGGCCCGACGCGCAUCAACAUCCUAGGCACUGACUCCAUCGUCGUCGACCAUGGCAUCUGGCAAACCUUUGUCGCCAGCGACCUCCUCGAGAACAUCCCUUCGUCUACUUAUGUCCUGAUCACCGACACCAAUCUUCACGGUCGAUACGUGCCCACCUUCGAGGCCUCUUUCCAAGAAACUGCUGCCCGCCUCGGCAACACCGAAAGCCGCCUCUUGACCUAUACCAUCCCUCCGGGAGAGACCUCAAAGGGUCGUGAGACCAAGGCCGAGAUUGAGGACUGGCUGCUUUCCCAACAAUGCACCAGAGACACUGUCAUUGUUGCCCUGGGCGGAGGCGUCAUUGGCGACAUGAUUGGCUAUGUCGCCGCCACCUUCAUGCGCGGCGUUCGCUUUGUCCAGGUUCCCACCACCCUGCUCGCCAUGGUUGACUCCUCCAUUGGCGGCAAGACGGCCAUCGAUACCCCCAUGGGCAAAAACCUCAUUGGAGCCUUCUGGCAGCCCAAGCGCAUCUAUAUCGACCUCGCCUUUCUCGAGACACUCCCCGUCCGCGAGUUCAUCAACGGCAUGGCCGAGGUGGUCAAGACGGCUGCCAUCUGGAACGAGACCGAGUUUGCCUUCCUCGAGGAAAACGCAUCUCGAAUCCUGGCCGCCGUCCGCUCCAAGACUGCCGACCCCUCUGAGAGGCUUCUGCCCAUCCGACCUGCCUUGAAGCGCAUUGUUCUCGGCUCUGCCGGCGUCAAGGCCGAGGUUGUCUCUCAGGAUGAGACUGAGGGUGGCCUGCGCAACCUGCUCAACUUUGGCCACUCCAUUGGACACGCCAUCGAGGCUAUUCUCACGCCACAGCUUCUGCAUGGCGAGGCCGUCGCCAUUGGAAUGGUCAAGGAGGCCGAGCUGGCACGUUACCUUGGUGUUCUGCGCCCAAGCGCUCUUGCGCGCCUCGUGAAGUGCAUCGCAAGCUACGACCUACCCACGUCCCUACAGGACAAGCGUGUCGUCAAGCUGACUGCUGGUAAGCACUGUCCUGUCGACGUGCUCCUACAGAAAAUGGCUGUCGACAAGAAGAACGUUGGCAAGCAGAAGAAGAUUGUCCUUCUCUCGGCCAUUGGCAAGACCCAUGAGCCCAAGGCGAGCGUCGUCGAAGACAAGGCCAUCCGAGUUGUGCUCUCGCCCGCCACGCUCGUCGUGCCGGGUGUGCCCAAGAACCUCAAUGUUGAGGUGACACCCCCCGGGUCCAAGAGCGUGUCCAAUCGUGCUCUUGUCUUGGCUGCACUCGGCCGCGGUACAUGUCGCAUCAAGAAUCUACUCCACUCGGACGAUGUCGAGUUCAUGCUGAAUGCCAUUACCCAGCUCAACGGUGCCACCUAUUCCUGGGAGGAUGCUGGCGAGGUUCUGGUGCUGUCUGGCAAAGGCGGUGCGCUCCAAGCCAGUGAGAAGCCGCUGUAUCUAGGCAAUGCUGGCACCGCUUCGCGCUUCCUGACCUCGGUCGUCGCCCUGUGUUCUCCAUCCACGACAACUUCCACCGUGCUUACUGGAAAUGCUAGAAUGCAAGUGCGACCCAUUGGGCCGCUGGUGGACGCUCUGCGAUCCAAUGGCGUGGCCGUCGAGUACCUCAACAAGGAAAAGAGUCUGCCCGUUCGCGUCAACGCCAAUGGGGGUAUCGAAGGUGGCCUCAUCGAGUUGGCCGCCACCGUUUCUUCCCAAUAUGUCUCAUCGAUUCUAAUGUGUGCACCUUAUGCCAAGAACCCAGUCACCCUACGCCUCGUCGGCGGCAAGCCGAUUUCGCAGCCGUACAUUGACAUGACAACGGCCAUGAUGAAGGCGUUUGGCAUCAACGUCACACAGUCUGCCGAUGAGCCGCACACUUAUCACAUUCCCCAGGGAACCUACGAGAACCCAGCAGAAUACGUCGUCGAGAGUGACGCCAGUUCGGCUACUUAUCCAUUGGCAGUGGCAGCCAUCACUGGAACGACAUGUACCAUUCCAAACAUUGGCUUCAAGUCGCUUCAGGGCGAUGCGCGCUUUGCCAUUGAUGUACUGCAGCCCAUGGGCUGCAAAGUCGAGCAGACAGACUUCUCGACCACGGUUACCGGUCCUGCGCCAGGAACCUUGAAGGGCAUCGAACACGUCGACAUGGAGCCCAUGACGGAUGCUUUCCUGACAGCCUCGGUACUCGCUGCUGUAGCCUCGGGCACUACAAGGAUCACGGGCAUUGCCAACCAGCGUGUCAAGGAGUGUAACCGUAUCGCAGCCAUGCGGAUACAGCUCGCCAAAUUUGGCGUACAGAGCGGCGAGCUCGAAGACGGAAUAGAAAUCACCGGCAAAAACUAUACGGAGCUGGUCGAGCCCAAGGGCGGUAUCUACUGCUACGACGAUCACCGCGUCGCCAUGAGCUUUAGUGUCUUAUCAGUCUUGUCUCCAAACCCAGUCACUGUGCUCGAGCGUGAAUGCACCGGAAAGACCUGGCCAGGCUGGUGGGAUGUCUUGGCCCAGUCGUUCAAGGUUGACUUGCUUGGUAUAGAUGCUGAGCCAGGCCACGAGGAGGCGCAGAAGCCCGACGAGGGUCCCUCCGUCUUCAUCAUUGGCAUGCGAGGCGCCGGCAAGACCACCACGGGAGGUUGGAUGGCCAACAUUUUGAACCGGCCUUUCACAGACUUGGAUACGGAGCUUGAGAGAAGGGCAGGCAAGUCCAUUCCCGACAUCAUCCGCAGCAGCGAAGAUGGCUGGGCACGGUUCCGAGAAGCAGAGCUGGAUCUACUCCAGGACAUUCUAAAGAACCAGUCCCACGGGCACGUUUUUUCGUGCGGCGGCGGCAUUGUUGAGAGUGCCCCUGCUCGCGAGCUCCUGACCGCCUAUGGCAAGAAUGGCGGCGUUGUACUCCUUGUGAAUCGCGACGAGGAACAAAUCGUCGAGUAUCUCCUGCGUGACAAGACCAGACCCGCCUACACUGAAGAGAUCCGCGGCGUCUAUCAGCGUCGUAAGCCGUGGUACCAAGAGUGCAGCAACCACGAGUAUCACAGCCCGUACCUCGACGGCAUCAGCGAGGCCCCUGCCGACUUCAAGAAUUUCGUUAAGCUCAUAUGUGGGCAGAGCAAGCAUUUUCAAGAAGUCAAGAAGAAGCAGACUUCCUUUUUUGUUUCGCUCACGGUGCCGAACCUGUCGGCUGCCAUUGACGUCCUGCCGCGUGUCGUCGUCGGAUCAGACGCCGUAGAACUCAGGGUUGACUUGCUGCAAGAUCUCUCGCAAGAGUUCCUGGUCAACCAGUUGUCACUGCUGAGAUCUACAGCCAAGGUCCCGAUUGUCUUCACCGUGAGAUCCAAGGACCAGGGCGGGCGGUUCACCUACCAGUCGGAAGACGAACUGCUCCCACUCUACCGGACUGCUAUCCGCAUGGGCGUUGAGUACAUUGACCUCGAAAUGACCCUGUCCUCUGAGACAUUGGACGCCAUCUCUAGCAUCAAGGGCUCCACGCGCAUCAUUGCGUCCCACCAUGACCCGAACGGUGCCCUGUCCUGGAAGAACGGCGGAUUCCAGUCUUGGUACAACCGGGCCCUGCAGUACGGCGACAUUAUCAAACUCAUUGGUGUGGCCAGAACCAUGGACGACAACUUUGCGUGCAAGAACUUCCGGGACAGGAUGGCUGCUGCUCACGACAAGCCCAUUAUUGCCCUCAACAUGGGACCUACCGGCAAACUGUCUCGAAUCCUUAACGGUUUCAUGACACCCGUCUCGCACCCAGAUCUGCCUUUCAAGGCAGCCCCCGGGCAGCUCUCGGCCGCGGAAAUUCGUGCCGGGCUGGCUCUGCUCGGUGAGAUUGAGGCGAAGAACUUCUACCUCUUUGGCAAGCCCAUCUCGGCAUCGCGUUCGCCAGCGCUCCACAAUGCCAUGUUCAAGCAGACUGGCCUGCCCCACAAGUACAGCUUGCACGAGACGGACGACGCCUCGACGGUGCAGGAGAUCAUUCGCUCACCCGACUUUGGUGGCGCCUCGGUCACGAUACCCCUCAAGCUCGAUAUCAUGAAGUACGUCGAUGAGGUCACGGACUCGGCCAAGAUUAUUGGAGCCAUCAACACCAUCAUACCCCAGACCACGGCCGAGGGGGGGGUACACCUUGUGGGCACCAACACGGACUGGAUGGGCAUGGUUUACACUCUUGGCAGGGCUGGCGUGAGCUCGGCGUCCAAGUCCAAGCCUGCGAGCGCCCUCGUGGUUGGUUCCGGUGGUACGACCCGGGCGGGAAUAUACGCUCUCCACUCCAUGGGCUACAGCCCCAUUUACAUUGUUGCGCGCAACAGUCAGAGCGCCAACGAUCUGUGCCAGUCUUUCCCCAGUGAUUACGCGCUCGAGGUACUCACGGAUGCCAGUCACGUCAAGGUUCUGCCGGCCGUCAUAAUCACGACGAUCCCUGCAGACAAGCCCAUUGACCCGGGCAUGAAGGAACUUAUAGGUACGGUGCUGCGCCAGCCCAACUCAAUCAAGAUGUCUCGGGUACUCUUGGAGAUGGCGUACAAGCCGCAACAUACGCCACUCAUGGGCAUGGCGGAGGACUCUGGCUGGCGAACGGUGCCUGGUCUCGAGGUCCUCUGCUCCCAGGGUUUCUAUCAGUUUCAAUUGUGGACGGGCAUUAUCCCAGUCUUCUCCGAUGUUCGCUCUGCUGUGCUGGAUGUCUAG